UUUGUCUCUAUAAGACGUCAUUAUGGCAGCGGUUUUGCGCGUCAAACGUAGAAAUAACGAAGAGCCUUCAGAGGCUUUAGUGAUUGCUUGUAAACGUCAAAAAACCACAGAGAAUUCGGAAACUACAGAUGCUCUCACUGCCUCCGUAACCGCUGUUCUCAAAUUUGCAGGGACCUUACAAAAUCACGGCGAUGACGUUGUCGAACACUUGACUAAAAAUUUAAGUAAAGACGAACUGAAGGCAAACUUCAAGCAGCAUGUCGUUAACGUUACUUCAAAGGCACGUGAACAAACAAAACAAGAAUCGCAGGAGAGUCGCUAUAAAAUAGUGAACUGCUUCCGAUCACUGGAGCCGAAUGAUGUCUUAGAACUCGUGGAUAAGGAAAUGACAGUAAUUGAUGUCGAGGAUUCGCCUUCUUACUCAAAAGAUACAUCGGCAGAAGAUGAAUACGUUUAUGACUUGUACUAUACACAGACUGGAGAUGAUAUGCUCAUAGACCACUUGGUCUCAGUCCACCCAUUCCAGGAAGAACUAGUCUUUGACUCCUACAGAGAUAAAAAUGGGGAGGGUUCUGAGAUCGAAGAAGAAGAAGAUGAAGAUUCCAAUUCUGAAUCUAAUUGGCGAAAUGAUUAUCCAGACUCAGAUCACUCAGAAAACUCAAUAUGUGAAGAUGAUAUGCGGGCAGCGGUACAGAGGAUCAAUAUUGGAGAUGAAGAGAGUGAUCUAUCCACCGAAGACGAUGAUGACUUGGCCUAUGCCCUUGCAGAAGAUGAUGUUGAACACUAUGGGUAUAAAUAUGCAAAAUACAAGGCCAAGAUUAAGGCAGAGAUGACCGUUAAUUACGACGAAGAGGUCAGAAGUUCAGCAGAGGAAAAAAGCGAUAGUGGCAGUGAUGAUUUUCAUGGUGAUGAUGAUGAUGAUGAUGAUGAUGAUGAUGAUGAUGAAGGUGCUAAGCAGUAUGAGAUCCUUGGUUAAUGUAAAAUAACAUGCAGAAUCAAACAAGACUGACCAAAAUAAAAUUUUCAAAAUGAAA